UCCACUUGCCCACAACCCUCUUCCUCCCUCGAGACCUCAUUAGGUGGAGGCAGGUCACCCUGGGUCUCCUCCGCUCACCGACUACAAUCUCUUGCACAAAUCUAUCCGUGAAGUGUUCGGCAAUGGCAGAAGCAGCAGUAAUGGCAGUCGUCUCUCCCAUUCUGAAACUCGUGAUCGACAAGCUGGGUUCUGGGUUUUGUGAAGAGCUGGGAUUGGCGCGGGGUGCCACCUCCGACAUCGGGAGGCUUCAGAGUGUGCUUUCGACCAUCAACGACGUACUUGAUGAUGCCCAGAGAAGAUCCAUCAGCGACAAAGCUCUGACCGGUUGGCUGAGGAAGCUCAAGGAUGCAGCUUUCGAUGCCGACGAUGUGGUGGACGAGUUCCAGUACGAAGCACUACGACGAAGGAACCUGAGACGUAACCAGCUGAUCGGAAGGGUGAGUGACUUCUUUUCUCCUAGCAACCAAUUUGCUUUUCGGCUUAAGAUGGCUCACAACAUAAAAAGGAUCCAUAAGAGAUUCGACCAUAUCGCGGAGGAGAGGUCAAAAUUCCAUCUGGCAGAGGGAUCUACCCCACGAAGGACUAUCGAUCGAGAGACCUUCUCGGUUGUGAAUGAAUCGGAGGUUUAUGGACGAGAUGAAGAUAAAGAGAAGAUCAUAAAUUUCUUGGUCAGUGCAGAUGAUCGCAGUAAUGUCUCGGUGCUUCCAAUAGUUGGAUUAGGCGGAGUUGGGAAGACCACACUUGCCCAGCUAGCUUAUAAUGAUCAGGGGAUAAAAGAGCACUUUGAUCUUAAAUUAUGGGUUUGUGUUUCAGAUGAUUUUAGAAUCCAGAAAAUUGUAAAAGCGAUUAUUGAGAGUGCCACCGGACAAGAAUGUGAUCUCUCAAACUUGGAAGCUGCACAGCUUCAGCUCCAGACGCAACUGAGUGGAAGGAGGUUCUUGCUUGUUCUGGACGAUGUCUGGAACGAGGAUGAAGCAGAGUGGGAGCGACUGAAGACGUUACUGAGAAAUGGCAAGCAAGGAAGCAAGAUUGUAACUACAACACGAAGCGAUGUGGUUUCCAGGAUCAUGGGAACGGUGGCUCCGCACAAAUUGCAAUGCUUAACAAUGAAUGACUGCUGGACUCUGUUCAAGCAAAGAGCAUUUGGGCCAGAAAGAGAAGAGGAGACUCCAAGGUUGGUUGAAAUUGGAAAGGAGAUCGUUGCAAAAUGUGGGGGCUUGCCUUUGGCUGCUAAGGCUCUCGGAAGUCUAAUGAGGUUUAAAACUGAGGCGGAGUGGGAGUAUAUCAGAGGUAGCGAACUUUGGAGAUUGCCUGUAAAUGAGAAUAGUAUCUUACCGGCACUACGAUUGAGUUAUGAUCAUUUGCCCUCUGAUUUAAAGCAGUGUUUUGCUUAUUGUUCGAUAUUUCCAAAAGAUUAUGUAAUUGAAAGGGAGAAACUGAUUCAGCUGUGGAUUUCCGAAGGCUUCAUCCAAACAUUGGACGGUGAUAUUCAUGAAGAGGAAGUUGGCAAUCAAUACUUCAAUAGCUUGUUGUGGAGAUCCCUUUUUCAGGAUAUCCAGAAGGAUCAGUAUAGCAACAUAAGGACAUGUAAGAUGCAUGACUUAGUCCAUGAUCUUGCAUGUUUUGUCGCAAGAGACGAGUCCUCGAUCAUGAGGGGGGGAAUGAAGAGAAGCAUUCCACAUGGAUGUCGGUAUUCAUCAAUUGUUUCUGACGAUACCAUGUCAUCAACGACUUUGAAGGCAGAUUUUGAAGUGAAAAAACUGAGAUCACUAAUUUUAUUGAGACAAAGAUACCACCAAAUGACUCAUAUCAAACAAUUUGCCUUCGAUGUGAUGUUAUCCCUUACUCAUCUUCGUGCAUUAGAUCUCAGCAAAGCUUGCAUCAAAGAGUUGCCCCGCACAAUAUGUAAACUAAAACAUCUGAGGCUCCUUGAUUUGUCGAAGACUGAAAUUGCACUUUUACCUCUCUCGAUCACCAAUCUUCACCACUUGCGGACUUUGAACCUCACAUCGUGUUAUAGACUUCAAAAUUUGCCUGAGGGAAUGUGUAAUAUGAGCAGACUCAGGCACCUAGACAUCCGAGGAUGCAGGAGAUUGAUUUGCAUGCCCCGUUGGUUGGGGCAGUUGCAUAACCUCCAAACACUGUCCAUGUUUAUCGUGGGUAAAGAACAUGGACGUACUAUUUCCGAGUUGGCGCACCUAAAUUUGAUCAGUGAUGGUCUAGAAAUCAGGGAGCUUGGCAAUGUGCAGGAUCCAAUGGAAGCCACGAAAACAAACCUAGCAUCAAAGACAAACCUGCGUUCGUUGGAAUUACACUGGAAACGGUAUAGUGUCUCCAAUAUGGCUUUGGCAGCAUUCUCUAUAGCAGAGGUGGGGGAAGUAUUUGAGAGGCUCAAGCCUCACUCUAAUCUAAAGGAGCUAUCUAUAAGGUACUAUCCAGGUAUCAAGUUCCCAACAUGGAUGACAAGAAUGGAGCUAGCAUCGUCACCAAUUCACAAUCUAGUUAGAAUUGAACUGAUGGGUCUCGAAAGAUGCAAGUGUCUUCCAGCGCUUGGUCACCUGCCUUUUCUUGAACGACUCCAUAUAUUAAAUAUGAAUGCCGUUAGGAGAAUCGGAGUGGAGUUUUAUGGGGAUGGAGGUAUAUUUCCCUCGCUGCGAGGUCUCACUAUGUGGGGGUUGCGUGAUUUGGAGGAAUGGUCUACAGAGACAACAGCAGCAGGAAAAUCAAUGAUGGCAUUCCCUUCCCUUGAAUAUUUUACUCUAGGCAAAUGCCCCAAAUUGAGGGUAGCACCAUGGGUCCCACCGUCAGUUGUGGAUGUUUCUAUUGAGGGUGAUCGGCUAUUAUCAUCUGCAAGCACUCGAGGGUUGCACAAACUAAGAAGUCUGAGCAUCAAGGGAUGUGAAGCACUAUUGUUGUUGUCCUGGUGGGAGUGGAUGCAGGACCUCACCGCUCUUACUAGGUUGCAUAUUCGUGACAAUAAGCUGAUGUGUUUGCCCAAGGGCAUUUUGCAGCUGCGCAUGCCCUCCUGGUGGGAGUGCAUACAGGACCUCACUGUUCUUACUAAGUUGACUAUUUGUGAUGAUAAGCUGAUGUGUUUGCCCAAGGGCAUUUUGGAGCUGCGCAUGCCCUCCCUCCAAAACUUUGACUUGGAGUGCAGUAACCUCAAGUCCAUAUCGGGGGAAGAAAGGGAUAAGCAACAGCAGCCUCCCACCUUCUUCAUGACCAUCCAAGAUUUGCAAAUACAAUUCUGUGGGGAAUUGACCGCUCUACCGAAGUGGCUGGGGAGCCUCACCUCGCUCAGGAGUUUACAACUUCAAAAUUGCCCUAAGCUAGAGAUGUUGCCCGAUGGGCUGCAAUGCCUCACAGCACUUUGGGGAUUGCAGGUCUGUUCUUGCCCCCAGCUGGCGAGGCGAUGUGAGAGAGAGAGAGGUGAGGACUGGCCCAAGAUCGCUCACAUCCCAAACAUCCACAUCUACCCAAGAAAAGGAGUGGAAGAAGAUAGGGAAGAAAAUAGCCAAAGAACUAUUACUAGAUUAAUUAGAAAGUCAAGGUUAACGAGUUGCAUGGGCCAUGGCUGAUGUGGCAACACCACCAUCCGGUGAACUUCUACCUCUGUUGGUUCAUCUUCUUCCCCUUUGCUGUCCAUUUGUACCUUUUCUUUCUUCUAAACGUUGCACUAUUUGAUCCAAGAAAAAAAAAAAAACGUACUGUUUGCAAAUACUGAUUUUUCCACUAGGCUUUGACACCUGGUUCAGUAGCAGACAGCAACAAAUUGGGGCAGUAGCAGCUUGCUUAAUGCAGACCAAGGCAGAAUUGCAGGAGUAUCAGCUCCCAAGCUUGCUAAUUUUCAUUGCUUCAGCAUUUUCAGAUGACUGCUUUUGCCUUACUGUUAAGAUCUUCAACUCCGCUAGAAAAGCUCAAAUCCUCUGUUCUCCAAUGUUAUUGUCUCCCUGGGGGGAUCCAAAAUCUUCAGAAUAUCUCCAAGCCCUGCCCUGUAAAGCAUGUCUAAAGACUGCGGUUAUAGCUCCAUCGUCCCAGCACAUCCAAGUGCUUCCACUCUGUUGCGGCGGUGUUGCUGAGUACAUUCCAUACCUGAUGGUUUCAUGCUCCCUAAAAUGCUACUCUAACUGGAUGCUAUGGCACAUAGCAUUUGACACUGGGAUUAAUCCAUAGCAAUGUAACAAGCUGAUUGCUCAACCUUAAAAAGUCCUACAGAAUUGGCAAGCAUGCUUGAAAGCCUCCCAUAGCUCCAGAAACUCUUGCUUUUUCUUUUGCGUUGGAAAUACAAUGCCAAAAGGACAGAUGAAAGGACCAACAUAUGAAUGCUCAAUUCCAAUUGAUGGAAGUGAGGUAACUCCAUGACGCUUUUAUAAUUAGUAGAAAUGCAUUUGGAUUGGAGGCGCACCUACUGCUGGCAUCGGUCAGACAUAAUAGGAUUGAAGCCUCUCCAACUGUUCCCAGCAUGGUUCUUGAAAUUGAUUGUGGAGGCAUAGAUAGUGGUUUCGGCUUGUACCAAUGGAGAGGGGUUGUGCAAAGAAAAUAGAAAGUUUAACAGUUCUUUAUGUGCAAGGAGGCGGACAGAUUGCAAGCACUCUUAAGUGAAUUACUGUCACUAAUAAUGACGGCUUGCUUGCGUAUUUUGCAUUGUGAUAAGGUGGUAAUUUGCUUUUUGAUGUGUUCCUAUAUUUUUGAGGGAAAACAUAUUCUUUGUACCAUAACUAAUGGUGAUAGCUUUCUGCGACUUUUAAUA